UUCAUUGAAAGGAGAUUAAAUUUUAUAUAUACAUUUUUUUUUUUAAUAAAAAUUCUUUGAAAUCAAUAAAAGUUUGCAUAAACAUUAUUUUGGUCUACUCUUUCGAGUGCAAAUUCAAAUCAUCAGAGUACCAUCUUCAGAUGCAAUUAGACAAAAUUUCAACAUUAUAAAAAUCCAACAAUUAUGUCAAAAUUUUCGACAACCUCCAAUCGCCAACUGAAUACGCGCAGCUCCGACAUCGAUGCCCUGGCUCAGCGUGGCUACAAUAUCGGACACAAAAUUGGCGAGGGUUCCUAUGCGACCGUUAUCACAGCUGGCUAUGCCGACGAUGCGGGUCAUGGUGUACAUUUGGCCUGCAAAAUAAUUGAUAAGGCCAAGGCACCCUCGGAUUUCGUACACAAAUUCUUUCCGCGUGAAUUGGAAAUUCUAACAAAAAUCGAUCACCCAAACAUCAUACAGAUACACAGUAUACUACAGCGUGGCCCGAAAAUUUUCAUCUUCAUGCGUUACGCGGAGAAUGGUGAUCUAUUGAGUCAUAUCAAGAAAUCGGGACCGGUUGAGGAGUUGCAAGCGAAAGCCUGGUUCAUGCAAAUGGCGAAAGCGCUCAAGUAUCUGCAUUCGCACGAUAUCGCGCAUCGCGACUUGAAAUGCGAGAACAUCUUGCUUUCGAAACGUCUCAAUAUCAAAUUGGCUGACUUCGGCUUUGCACGCUAUUGCUGCGACGAUAGUGGACGUGAAAUUAAAUCGGAAACCUAUUGCGGUUCGGCGGCCUAUGCCGCACCCGAGGUCGUAUGCGGUCGACCAUACGAUCCGAAAUUGGCCGACGCUUGGUCACUUGGCGUUAUACUAUUCAUAAUGUUGAAUGCGAAAAUGCCAUUCGACGAUAGCAAUCUCAGCAAGUUGCUGGACGAUCAGCGUAAUAAGAAGUUCGCUUUUCGACGGAAAUUACAAGAUCACAUUUCGGCGCAGGCCAAGGCCACCGUGGCGGUACUAUUGGAGCCGGAACCGCAUGCGCGUUGGAAUUUACGUGAAAUAUUGAAUUGCAGCUGGUUGCGUGCCGACGAGGAGGAACCGUUGGCUUAGUCCUAAGACGAACACACGUACGUCAUACAACAUGCGACAGUUUGAGCAGCAUGUCUGAUUGGUUUUGGACCUAAUGCCGUUGAAUUUUUGUAUGGGAAAAAAAGUAAUUCUUCAUAUCUAUAUAUAUUUUUUUUGAUUUGCGCAUGUAAAAUGUUGGUCAUUCGUGAAAUUGCCCUCUGAACACACUGUAAAGUCUGUAUUUAAAACAAUUUUGGUUCUGAAAUUAUAUAUAUAUAUGCAUGCAUGUAUAUAUAUAUUGCGCAUAUGUAUAUUAUAUAUGUAUAUAUAUAAUAUAUUUAUGCUGUAUUUUUUCGGUUUUUAAAUUUCUCAAAUCCCCACCGCCGCCUCCUCAACUAAAUGAUUUGAUUUCAAACGUUUGCAUUCGAAUGUCAUACUUUUUCUCAAUUUUUUUAUAAACUCAAUAUUUAAUUUUACUUUUUUUUUAAAUUGGUCACAAUUAGAUUUGUCUGGUCGUGGACCAAGGCCAGUAUCGAAUUUAGACUGAUUUGUCGUGCAUAUGCAGGAGUAUGGCGUCUUUGUCGGCGUCGUCUCCAACUUAUAAAAAAGCUAAAAAAUUUGAUGAUGUGCUUUAGAGCAAUAGUAUUUCCAAAUACUACCUACUCUUAGUUA